GGAUGUGGUUCGACGUCAGAAUAGGCCUGUGGUGACGUAGCGUCCGUUGUAACUGUUUGCAUUUCGCGCAACAACUGCAGCGUCUGCGAGCUCCAUCGGGUUUCACUGGGAGCAGGUAACCAUGGCCAACCAAACCAUGGACAUCUUAUCAAAGGUUUUGGAGCAAUCGGCCAAGCUGGUGGAGGAGAAGGUGGAUGCACAUUUGAGCAAACUGAAUGAAAUGGAUGAGGAUGAUUUGGACAGACUGAAGGAGAAGCGAUUAGAGGCACUUAAAAAAGCCCAGAAACAGAAGCAGGAGUGGUUGACUAAAGGCCACGGCGAGUACAGGGAAAUCGCAAGUGAGAAAGACUUUUUCAGCGAGGUCAAGGAAAGCAAGAAUGUCGUCUGCCACUUCUACAAAAAUUCCACCUUCAGAUGUAAGAUCCUCGACAAACACUUGGCCAUCUUGGCAAAGAAGCACGUUGAGACCAAAUUCAUCAAACUGGAUGUGGAGAAGGCCCCCUUUCUGACGGAUAGGCUGCGGAUCAAGGUUAUUCCCACGCUGGCUUUGCUUUUAGACGGAAAGACGAAGGACUACGUGGUUGGAUUCUCUGACCUGGGAAACACUGACGAGUUUCCUACAGAGAUGCUUGAAUGGAGACUUGGCUGUGCAGAUGUGAUCAACUACAGUGGUAACCUGAUGGAACCUCCUACAAUGGGACAGAGAUCCGGCACCAAGUUCACAAAGGUGGAGAAGAAAACCAUCAGAGGGGGAACUUACGACUCAGAUUCUGAUUCUGGAGAUGACUGAAAUGCAGCUAUGUUUGUGUGAUUUUUCUCUCUCGGGCUCCCACUUUAACAACAAAUACUAGACUUCAGUAAGCCCACUUUCUCAACUCAAAAUCCUCUUCCCUGUUGGAAUCUUCUCAAAUUGACAUUUGUUGUUGGCAUUGAAAUAGCAUAACAAAAGAACCGGUGAGCUGUAUCGAUAGAAUCCCAACUACACUGUCCCUAUUUAUAGUUUUUUUUGGAUUCAGACUUGUUUGAUGAUUUGUCUGCCGUGUGGCAAAUGGUAAAAUAUAUUAUAACACUGUUUUGUGCUAAA